GGAAGGAUGAUACAGUCAGACCAAGGACCCGAUCUGCCAGACAAGGACAGGAAGCUUUCCACAGCUCCGCAUUCUAAGAAUGGUCUCUCUGGACUGCUGAGGCUCGUGCUGCAGGAGCUGAGUCUUUUCUACAGCCGAGAUGUAAACGGAGUGUGUCUCUUAUAUGAUCUCCUUCACUCGCCGUGGCUUCAGGCCCUUCUAAAGGUCUAUGACUGCCUCCAGGAAUUUAAAGAAAAGAAACUAGUUCCGGCCACACCUCAUGCCCAGACCUUAUCCCACGAGGUCAUGGAGCUGUUAUGUGAAAGCCCCACUUCCCCUGAGAUCCAAGAGCUGAGACAGAUCCUCCAGGCUCCCCACUAUAAGGCCUUGCUCAGGGCCCAUGACACAGUAGCUCAGAAAGAUUUUGAACCCCUUCUCCCUCCACUGCCGGACAAUAUCCCUGCGAGUGAAGAAGCUAUGAGGAUUGUUUGCUUGGUAAAAAACCACCAGCCUCUGGGAGCCACCAUCAAGCGCCAUGAGCUGACAGGGGAUAUCCUGGUGGCCAGGGUCAUCCAUGGUGGGCUGGUCGAGAGGAGCGGGUUGUUGUUUGCUGGAGACAAAUUGGUGGAAGUGAACGGAGUCUCCGUUGAGGGACUGGACCCUGAGCAAGUUAUCCAUAUCCUGGCUAUGUCUCAUGGUACAAUCAUGUUCAAGGUGGUUCCAGUGUCUGACCCUCCUGUCAACAGCCAGAAAAUGGUUCAUGUUCGUGCCAUGACUGAUUACUGGCCCCAGGAGGAUCCUGACAUCCCCUGCAUGGAUGCUGGAUUGCCUUUCCAGAAAGGGGACAUCCUCCAGAUUGUGGACCAGAACGAUUCCCUCUGGUGGCAGGCUCGGAAAAUCUCAGACCUUGCUGCGUGUGCUGGCCUGAUCCCUUCUAACCACCUUAUGAAGAGGAAACAACGGGAAUUCUGGUGGUCCCAGCCAUACAAGCCGCAUACCUGCCUCAAACCCACCAGAUCAAUCUCUAUGGAAGAAGAGGAUGACAUGAAGAUCGACGAGAAAUGUGUGGAAGCAGAUGAAGAAACUUUUGAAUCUGAGGAACUUGCAGAAGACAAGGAGGAAUAUGUUGGCCAAGGGCAGAAGUUCUUUAUCGCGGGCUUCCGCCGAAGCAUGCGCCUGUGUCGCAGGAAGUGUCACCUGGGGCGGCGGCGCACCAGCACCUGCUGCACCUGCUACAGCGCCGGGGGGGCCCCGUACGAGGAGGUGGUGAGGUACCAGCGAUGCCCUUCGGACAAGCAUCGCCUCAUAGUGCUCGUGGGACCUUCUGGUGUUGGGGUCAAUGAACUGAGAAGACAACUGAUUGCAUUUAAUCCUAGCCGCUUCCAAAGUGCUGUGCCACAUACCACUCGUUCCCCAAAGAGUUAUGAAAUGAAUGGGCGUGAGUAUCACUAUGUAUCGAAGGAAACAUUUGAAAGCCUCAUGUAUAGUCACAAGAUGCUGGAAUAUGGUGAGUACAAAGGCAACCUGUAUGGCACAAGUGUGGACGCUGUUCGUGCAGUCCUUGACGAAGGAAAGAUCUGUGUCAUGGACUUGGAGCCUCAGGAUAUUCAAGUGGCUCGAACCCAUGAACUGAAACCCUAUGUCAUAUUUAUAAAGCCAUCUAACAUGACUUGUAUGAAACAAUCUCGGAAAAAUGCCAAGAUUAUGACUGACUAUUUUGUGGACAUAAAGUUCAAGGAUGAAGACCUAGAAGAGAUGGAGGAUUUAGCCCAGAAAAUGGAGACUCAGUUUGGCCAAUUUUUUGAUCACAUAAUCGUGAAUGACAACUUGCAAGAUGCAUGUGCCCAGUUGUUGUCUGCCAUACAGAAGGCUCAGGAAGAGCCGCACUGGGUACCAGCAACAUGGGCUUCCUCUGAUUCUGAGUAA